ACGUUUUGCAAAACCGAAAGUUUUUUGCAGUAUUGCAUGCUGUGCACACAGAAUCAUUCACGAAUACGAAUGGCAAAGGAAACGAAUGAUUUCUCAUAUCCUUUACAAUUCAAUCUUACAAUCUAUUCUUCGUUUUCUCGUAAUUAGGUUCUAGUCUACCGAUUAUGACUCGACAUUUCCGCGUUCAUUGUAUCCACAACAUUGGAAGGAUGCAAAGCAAAGGUUUCAUCACUACAAUGAUAAACAGUUUGUUAUAUUUUAUACACAUUGAGAUGAGACCGUUUUCGUAUCAUGGUUAGUGGCCAUGCGCAAUUUCUCCUUCUGCCCGUGCUUGAAACUACAAAAUGUUAUUUUCAGUAAAGCCUUUUUUCUAGCAUGCGGUAGGAGGAGUCUAUAAAAGACAUCGGUCCGGUUCAUAUCGAAUAUUGAUAAAGAAUUCAGCUGGAUUCCGGUUAAAGACUGAUAAGUAUUCAAAAAGUAUUAGGCUCCAUCGACAAACAAUGUUCAUAAUUGAUAUUUUGGUUAUCUCAUUAUGUACUCUGGCAACUGAUGCUUUGCAACCAGCAGGAUGCGAAAAGAGAUUCCAGGAUUUUGGGGGACAAGUUUCCACUUUUGAAUGCCCCGCAGGUUGUGACAUCGGAACUGUGUAUGUUGUAGGUGGGCCUGAUCAUUUCCAACCGGAUUCUCUGGUUUGUGCUGCUGCGAUACACGCUCUUGUACUGACAGGAACAGGAGGACAAGUUGUUUUCAGAGAACAAACGACAGCGUCUCCGUCAAUGACGGGGGCGCUACGAGGCGGGGUUACUUCGCUAAACCCUGUCGAUACACCAACAUCCACCACCGUAUUCUUCGCGUUUGAGGGUUCGGUUCCAUCUGAUUGUGCAGUUGCAGCAGAAGAUAUUGAUCAGGAAGUUUUUGUAUUUAACUGCCCAUCUGACUGCGAAAAAAACUCUGACAUAUUAACUGACGUUGUUUUUGAUGAUGCAACUUCAAUAUUUGCGGUUCAAUCGCUCAUUUGUCUUGCUGCAAUUUAUGACGGAACAUUAACAAUUGGAAGUGUAGGUGCUGUUGUUGUUCAAAAACAACAAGGGAUUUUAUCAUAUAUCGACGCCACAGCUGCUAAUGGAGUUGACCCCGGACCGUUAAAUACGUAUGACCCUGCGUUUACAUUUUCAACUACAAUACUGCCAGAUUGCUUACAAACCGUGUCAAGCCAAUCAUCAAUCUUCUUAUUUACUUGCCCGACUGUCUGCACCCGAACUUGGUUGAUAUUGUGGGAGACGGAAUUACAAUGA